AUGUCUGAAAUUUUGAUGGAAAUAUUAGAAAAGGUGGAUCAAGAAGAAUGCACCAAUGAAUUACAAAUAAUCAGAGAAUUUAACAAUGUCAUUCAUCUUAAAGUAUAUUAGCAACAUGUUUAUAAUUUCUGUGGUUAUCAUGCAACUUAUAAUAUCUUACAAUUACUUAACCAUUUUCAUUAAAAGAAGUGCUAUCUAUAUCAUUCAGUUUCAUUUUGGAAAUAUGUUAAGUUCGUCUAGAAUUAUCUAAAAUUAUACAGAACCAAACAUAAUAUCAAUCAUGAACCUUGGAGUAAUCAUGAUAUAGAGCACGGAGAUUUUGAAAGAUGUUAUUUAAAGCCUUGGAAAGAACUUUAUCAUGAUGUUAUUGUGAUAUAGUAUUAAUUUGGAAGAAUUGUCAAUGGUUUGAAGGAGAAAGAAUAGAUAAUACAUUCUAUCUAACAAUUUAUAAAUUACGAUUAAGUUGCUCCAUUAAUAUAAGUUUAUAUGCUAGGGAUUACUUUUCAUUGGGUUUCCUUUGUGGCUGUUAAAACUAAAAGUAAAACCAAAUUCUAUUUUAUGGAUUCAAAAAAUAUUGAUUAUUGUGAAUGGAAGGAGUAAAUCAAAUACAAGAAUACUUAAAUGACAUCAAUAAUUAAAGAAUUAAGGUUGUUAGAUAUGUAUUUAUAGGGAAUUCUUGAUUUACAAGAAUUAAUCAAAUUAAUGGAUUAAGCUUUAAGAGGCGAAUUAAAUUUUGCAGAAUAUUUGUGUGAUUCCUCUACAUUGAUGUAUGUAAGACCUUUAUAUGAAUUAUUUGGAAUGUCAGAAUAACAAUUUUUGGAUGCAAACCCAGCAGAAAUUAAUUAAGACAUAAUUAUCGUAUGGGCUUAAGAAUAUAAAAACACGAUAUUUUCAGUCUUAAAGGAGGUAUCUAUUCUUUUUGAUAGAUCCAGAAAAUUGUUAACUUAAGUUAAUAAAAUCACAUCACAUAUUCAUUCUAUAAUAGGAUAAUAGGAGGUUCACGAUCCUUUUUAAUAGUGCCAUGAUGUAAUUUAAGGGUUAGUAGAGAGUUUCAAAUAUGAGUGGAGUUAUCACCCAAAAGAAAAAUAAAUUAAUUUAUAUUUCGAAGAUGCUUCUAAAUGUGAACACAUCUCUUACAUCACUUAUGUAAUGAAGGCGUAUUUUAGAGAAUUUGUAACAAAAUAGCAUCACUAUCAUAUCAGGAUAUAAUUCUAUGAAAAUAUAUUUCAUCCUCAAGGAGGUGGGUAACCUGAUGACGUUGGUUCCAUCAUUAUUGGGGAUAAGGAAUUCAUAAUCAAAAAUAUGUAUAAUGAUAGGCAGCAUCAAGAGAGUUAUGUGGAUAUCGAAUUUUCUUAAGAAGCUUACGAUCUUUUAUUGGAUUGUAGAACAAAAAAAACUCCUAUUUUAUAGAAAGUAAACCCAGAAGUAAGACUUAUUCAUUCCUAACUGCAUUCUGCUGGACAUUUAUUAAAGGAGGAACUUAUAAAGUUAGGCAAGGGAUUGAAGUAUAUAAAGGGAAUGCAUUUUCAAAAAGAAUCUUAUAUUCUAUUAGAAGGGGAAUUUGAAAUUCCUAUAGAAUAAAUACCAAGAGAGUUCUAGUUUUAGGAUCUUUAGUUAUCAAUAUGUUACUACACACACAAUAAAGUAUUUGAGAUUUUAGGAUAUGUCCCUGAAUUUGUGGAAUUCUCUGAAAUGGUUAGAUGGAUUAAACUAAGGGAUUAAGACAUCGGAUUUCCUUGCUAUGGAACACAUACAGUAAAAGGGUUAGACAAAAUUUAGAUCACCAAUAUUCUGAAAAAUAAUAACUAAUUUACAAUAUUUUAUAAUUUGUGA